AUGCAACUCUUCUCAGCUCUCACCUUUACUGUGGCUACCACACUCCUCACCUCCGUUCAUGGAACUGCCACUAUUGGCCAAGCCUGCAGCGGCAGCAGCACUUAUGACUGCACCGACGAUUUCAACGCUGUGGCAAUCUGUAACGGCGCGCGAUGGGUAGAGGCCGCCCAGUGUGGAGGUGGAUGCUGCGCCUGGCCCUUGGGUGACCCCGCUCCGUUCUGUAGUUGCUAG